AGGAAUAUAUAAUAAUAAAGGAUCACACAUAUUCCGCCGACCUCAGAUCACGGGCUCCGUGCAUGCGUGAACUAUAAACUAAACAUGAACCGUAAACGGAUAUUCGCAUAAAUGCACGCAGCAUUGUGUGCCCUGAGCUGACCCUCGCCCCGGUCUUUGCCUGUGUGUUUGCAGCCGAUGAGGCAGGAAUUGAAGUUGCAUGCUGUGCUUUAGAUGUUCCUGGGCCAAUUAUGACGUGCAUGUAGGUCCACGCUGCUUGGAACAAUAAUGACCUCCCAAACUGUAGCUGCACUACGAAGACUGGUGCAUCGUAGCUUGGGCACCGUUCAAGCCCUCAACACUGAUGGGCCGUUACUGGAUUUCAGUCCGAGUCAACUCGGGAUGAGGAAAGUGCACAGCGUAAGCUGUACCCAUGCAGGUGCCUCAACACACCAAUCUAUGGCUACAUUCAAAUGUACACAGAUGCCACAGUUGCAGCUGAACCGACCUCUCAGUCAUUCAAGUAGAUGGUGUCAGCAAGAGGAAGCUCAGGCCAGUGGCAAGCAGACAACGGAGCCAGUCACGGGGAAAGCAGACUCUUCUCCAGCUUCUAGUGCAGCCAGUCAUCCUCUGCCUCAACUUGAAGUGCCUGACUACGACAAAGAGUUGCUGUUCAAAGGACUGGAGACAGAUUUCCCAUGUUUAUCAAGGCUCCCACCAGCAGGACCAGAGCCAGAGUACCACAAGAUCAGCUCUGGCUAUAAAGUCUUUCACUCACAGGAGCCCUUUCACAUGAAAUAUGGUGGUGUCCUACCCGAGCUACACAUUGCCUAUGAGACCUGGGGAGAGCUGAAUCAGGACAGAAGCAAUGUUGUCAUACUGAACACUGGAAUGUCAGCUAGUUCACAUGCUAAAAGCCAUGAGGACAACAAGACUCCAGGCUGGUGGGAGAAAUUUGUUGGACCAGGCUGUUCCAUUGACACUGAGAAGUUCUUUGUAAUCUGCUUCAAUGCCCUGGGUGGUUGCUAUGGGUCAAGUGGUCCAUCGUCAGUGAAUCCACUAUCAGACAAGCCGUAUGGUACACACUUUCCUAUGGUAACCAUUGAAGACAUCGUCCAUUCCUCUUUCAUGCUUUUAGAUGACCUUCAGAUUCAUCAGGUGCAUGCUAGCGUUGGUUCCUCUAUGGGAGGAAUGACAUCAUUGAUGGCUGCGGCACUGUAUCCAGACAGAGUUGGCAGAGCUAUCUGUAUCUCGUCGUGCGCUCAAACUCAUCCAUCAACAAUAGCCAUGCGGUAUCUACAGCGUCGAGCAAUCAUGACUGAUCCUAAUUGGGCUAGAGGGCAUUACUAUGGUGUUUCAUACCCCAGAAUGGGCAUGAAGCUUGCAAGAGAGCUGGGCACUGUUACAUACCGAAGUGGUGCAGAGUGGUUGAAUCGGUUUGCUCGAUCAACCAUCAGCGAUGAACCUCCUUCGCUGUGUCCACAUUUUGAGAUUGAGCGUUACAUAGAGCACCAAGGAGAACAAUUCAGUGUCAAGUAUGAUCCCAACUCACUCUUAUAUCUGUCCAAGGCUAUGGAUUUCUUUGACAUUGGGGAAGGUUUCCCAUCUCUUCUAGAAGGCUUAGCAAGAGUGAAAUGUCCUGUGAUGGUGAUGGGUGCCAAGUCAGACAUCCUGAUGCCUGUUACACAGCAGAGGCAAUUGGCUAACUUGCUACAAGAAUCAGGCAAUGAUGGGGUGACUUACUAUGAGCUGGAUUCCAUCUACGGCCAUGACACAUUCCUGCUGGAUUUGAACAAUGUUGGUGCAGCUAUAAAGGGGCAGCUAGAGACAGAGUUAAAAGAGCGUGGCGUGGUUCGUAAAGGCAAGCCCAAAUGGCUUCAAGGUCAGGACAAAUAAACUAGCCAUGCUGUGUAAUACAGGCAAACUCAUUACAUGAACAACUAUGUGUCAAAGCAAACAAGUGGCCAAUAGACAUCAUGGUCAGUACAAGCUACUUGUAUAUGUCGGUCCUAUUUAAAAGGAGUGUUCAAAUGAAUAAGGCAUUACAAAUUGAAAUGAGAAAACUUGGUGUAGGUUGAGAUUUUUGCACAAUUUUGAUGAGCUCAGACCUGAUGUGGCCAAAUCACAAUGAUAUAAGAUAAUGUCAACAAUUAGUGAACAUUUUGAAGAACAGUUUUACAUUUCUAACCAUUGACUUUUACUUUUUCAAAGGAGAAACUUUAUUUAGUAAUCAAAGAAAAUGCAAUGAACAAAUUUUAUCUAAAAGGAAAUAAUAAAAGAUUAAUUUGAAAACCAUACAAACUAAGUCCAUAAACAAAAACAAACAAAAUUUGUGAUUGUAGUUUAAUCAAUUCUGAUUGGCCAAAAGAAGGGACAAAAUAAGCCAAAGUGAAAUAAAUAUUCACUCAGAGUGUACUUAAUCCUGAUAAGCAGAUGAGUAUCUAUCAUGAAAGUUGGAAGUGUUUAUGUGCAUUAUUAUCUUUAGUCCUUCAUUUACUUGUUUUCUGAGUUGAGUUAUUUACAUGUGCAUGCACAGUCUGCUUUGACUGUUACAGGUGCAUUAUAGCUUAGAUUCUUAUUUUUUUCCCUAAAGUAAAUUGUACUUUUUUCAAAAAGUAACUGACUAUUUAGCAAGUUAUCAUAAUGUCAGCCGAACUGACAUUUUAUGAAAUGUGAUUUCUAAGAACAAUUUGUAACUGUUUCACAGAGACAAAAACUCUCUAUGCAGUGUAAAAGUAAACUUUCAAGAAAAUCACAUAAAUGUGAAUUUGGUCACUUUUUACGACAGGAAAUUCUCCAAGAUUGACUUCAAAACGUUUCAAAUGCACAAAAUCAGACUUUCCAACCCAUAAUUUGACUGUAAUUAAGGAUUAUUCACCUCAAAUGCAUGCCUUGUGAAAAUGCAAAAAUGUGCGUACUUUUGGUAUUGCGUGCAUCAGGUGCAAAGUUAUUAUAUUUGCACAAAGUUCUAGGUCAACUUUGUCCCAUGAAGAGAGAGUUGUGCCCUUUAUUGCUGAUUGCUGAACACAAUCUCUAUGGAGCACACGCUUUGUCCUUUCAUUGAAACAAAAAAUGCAGUUUUUAAGUUGACUUGAAUAGUUUUGGCCAAAAAUGAUUUCACCAACUUGUCCACAUCAGAAAGUGUGGUUAAUUUUGCCAAAAAACAGACAUUUGAAAAACUGAUGUUUUUUGGCAUGUUUGUCUCUGUUAAAACAGUGACGAAUAUCAAUGUGUUAAUGUGACUGUCAAAUAAUAUUGCUUUGUAAACUCUCCAGGGAUAUCAGAAGAAUUCACUGCUGAUUUCAGCAUGAAUACCACCAGUCAUAAGUUUCUUUAGGAUAAGUUAUUCUUUUAUUUAUUCAUUCUUCAGUGUACACAAAGACUCUGAACUCAUUACUGGAGUAAGGUUUGACAUGAAACAGGUUUACACUAUUGGCUCAGUUCAACUAGUUGGCCAAACUGGCAAGGUCUACUGACACAAGCAAGGCUGGAUUAAGUGUUUAAGUGUCUGUAGGCCCUAGAGGCACCAGUGUUCCGUAGGCCCUAUGACAUCAGUUGGCCCCUGGCACCAGUGUUCUCUCGGUCCUAGUUGCAACUUUCAUGGUUUUGUAGGCCUUAGGCACCAAUGUUUGGUAGGCCCUAGGUGCAAGUGUUCCCUAGGCACUGUUCUAUAGGCUCUCCUCAUAGACACCAGUACCAAUUUCAUAGUGCUGAUAAGCACUUGAGUUUCCCAUUUUAUGUUGAUGCUAAUUUGUACUAAUUGCUUAGUAGGAGCUAGUUUGAAGCUUUAAUAAAAAAAAUGUCAAAGAGAGAGCAUAGGUGUCUUUGUAGGCCUUCAUUUUUUCAUAGACCCCCAAUAGUAGGCACAGUGCCUACUAUCUUAUGCUUAUUGGAUAAUCCAGAUCUGAUUAAAGGCUCACUAUACACAACUACACAAACUAGUCCAAGAUGUUGAAACAGGGUGGUGUUCCUUAGAUAUAUUGCAGAAACAGCUAGCAGGAUAUCUAGCUGCCAGAACGCAAAAGGCAAGAAAUAAAGAAAUCAGCUGAUGAAUUCACUGCUUUAACUUUAAAUGGUGUUUCUUCAUUGGUUAGAUGAUGUCCAGUAUUUUGCGUAUACAAAACCACUACUUUUUUCUUUGCAUGAAUGGGCAUGGAUUCAAAGUAGUGACAUCAAAGGCUCAUAGGGAGUACAAACCAGUUUGACUUACGGUGAGAUCUAAACUGGAAAUAAAACUGGACUAAUGAAACUACAUUUGUUGGUAUCACUUCUGAUUUACUAUUCACAUGAAGAUAAGGUGUGGAAAUAUGAGAGGGAAAAUGUGUACCAGGGAAACACUGCCAUUGUAAGGUGUGGAAACAUGAGAGGGAAAAUGUGUACCAGGGAAACACUGCCAUUGUAAGGUGUGGAAACAUGAGAGGGAAAAUGUGUACCAGGGAAACACUGGUUAUGACUUUUUUGAAGGAAAUGAAGGAAAAGAAUGUUUUCAAGUAUGUUUUUACAUCUGAGAACUGGGUAAGAGUGUUGUUUGCUUUCCUUUGCUAUGCUAUUGUCAAUCAGUGCCUUUACUGAAAUCCUGUAAAACAUCUCAGACAAAACAGAAUGUAUUUGUAGCACAAAUAUGGCACGAGUGCCAAUAUGGUCAAAACUGAAGUGUAAAUGUACUCAAGGAAGUUUAUUAAUGUAUGAGGAUAAACUAUUUUUGUAUUUUCUAUUCCGACAUCUGUUUUAAUUGUGCUUUUAUAUUUUGGAUUGAAAUGUCUUGCAUUGUAACCAAUUUUAUAAGAGCUGUAGUUUGGACAAGUAUACCAAACUCGGAAAAUUUACUUUCAAUGACAUUUUGAAUCCUCGUGU